AUGUCUCUCUACCCAUUUGCCAACCCAACUUCUCAUGUUGGAGAAAUGCUCAGUGAGCUUAUGCCGGUUUCUGGAACUAUUGACAACUCUAACAGAGAAAUCUCAAACACCGAUGAGAAGUUCGCAGUCAACCUCAAUGUCUCUCAAUUCAAGCCUGAAGAAUUGAAAAUCAACUUGGAAGGAAGACGUCUCUCGAUUCAAGGGGAGCACAAUGUCUCCAAUGAACGUGGCAGUUCCAGACAAUCGUUCUCCAGAGUGAUUCUUCUGCCGGAAGACGUUGACAUCACCUCGGUCGACACUAAUCUCUCGGAUAAUGGACAUCUGGUUAUUGAAGCGCCGAAACUGAUCCUUCCACAGAGACAUAGAGGUGCUGCUAUUGAGGAGAAUCGUCAUGACUAA